UCCUAACAGCUGUCAUGUCAAAUUCAUUCGUGAAAAAAAUGUUGGAUCGCGAUUUUUGUUCUUCUCUUCAAUUUUACCAUUUUUAUAAUUCGGACUCAUUUUGAAUGUUUUAAGUUACCGUGUAUGACAAAGCAUAAAGAUAAGUGAUUUAAGUCGAUAUAAUAAUGUGUUUGUGCUGUGAAUAGUGUCCGUUUAAAUUAAUUUUAUAGUCGCUAUGUGUUCAAUGUAAAACUUACACAAAAUGAACUGGAAUGAGAAUAUUUUAGUUAUACUACGAUGAAGGGUGGGCUAUGCAUAAUUUACACGUCGUUAUUGACAAUUUCGGUGCUUUCUAGUUGUGCUCUAUUCCUAUUGGUAGUUUCCGAAGCCCUUCAAAUUGAAAACGUAGACCAAAAGGUUGAUUUAUCAGGACUCCAUAAUGUUAGUAAAAAAAACCAUGUUAUUGCAUCAUCUCAACCUGACCCUCCUGAGUCUUCUGACACCACACAGAACUUUCAUGAGCCAGAAAAUCAAGAGACAGGAGAAGAUGACAAAAAGAUGAUUUUUCCUGACACUGUGUCAGUGAACUCGGUGACAACUGAUGGGUUACCUGACACGGGACAGCCGCCAAUACUGAUCUCUCUAACAGACAACACAAAACUGGAUUUAAAAACUGCAGAUGAGCUGUUAUUUACCAAUGAUUCUGAACAGCACAAUCAGACUCAAAUGUUCCCCAUUGUAGACAACGAAACGCUUGAAGGUGAGAAGACAUCAGAAACAAUGGAAAAAGAAUCAACGGAACCUCGACUCAUUGUAAAAGCUAAAUCAAUGCAUGAAACGCGACAAAUAGAUGAAAGUAUUCAGAGUACCACUACCAUCCCCGAAGCAGAGACUACCGCCGAAUCUCAAUUAGAAACUGAAUUAGAACAAGACAUUCCAAUAAACCCGCAAACACCGCAGGAAGAUAUUCCAUCGUUUUCAGAGUGGGCACAAAAGCAAUUGGCAGAAGCAGAAAAAAAAGAUACAGUACUAAACCACUCCAGUCAACCUAGUCAUAGCAAUACUAAUUUUAGCAGUAAGAGCACUAAGUUGCGGUCAAAAAAUUACGCAUCACCGGCGUGUGGCGCAAAAAUUAUCGCGGUAAAUCCGGAAGCGGGAUCGGCGAGUUCGAUUUUAUCUCCAAACAGAGAUGAGUAUAUGCUCAAUACGUGUAACAGCCGCAUAUGGUUCGUAGUAGAGCUUUGCGAGGCUGUUCAAGCUCAAAAAAUAGAAAUAGCCAAUUUUGAAUUAUUUUCCUCAACUCCCAAAGACAUCGCUGUGUAUUUCAGCGAUCGUUUCCCUACAAGGGAAUGGGCAAGUGUCGGACAAUUCACCGCUCAAGACAUGAGAGAUGUUCAAAGUUUUGACUUGUAUCCACAUCUAUUUGGCAAGUUUAUUAAAGUUGAAAUGCUGUCUCACCACGGAUCUGAACAUUACUGUCCAAUAUCGUUGUUCAAGGUUUAUGGUACUUCUGAAUUUGAGGUGCUUGAAAAAGAAAGCUCUCAACAUUCAGCACUUAUUGAUGAAGAUGAAGACGAUGAAAUAAUUGAUGUUCCAGAUAUACCUGCAACUGAAACGGAGCCAUCCAAAAAUUUAUUCGGCUCCGCAAGAGAUGCAGUAAUGUCGAUCGUUAAGAAAGCUGCUCAAGCAUUCAAAACAGAAGUUCCUAAAAAUGUGUCCAGUGAACAAAACGAUACAUUAUCAGACAAAGUGUACAAACGGUGUUGCUCUCCAAGCCAUAUUAUAGUGUGUGAUAACUGUAGUGACAUUCUUUACAGUGAAGUGUAUGAACUUCUUAGUUGUAGCUCGGACAAAUUAACAAAUUUAGUGCGAACUGUUUACCUUAGAGAUACUUUAAAGUGUACCGGCAUAUGUCAAAGGUUCGGCUUAGAUUUUAAAAGUACAAAGACUAUAGAAUUUAGUGAAGAGCGUGUGGCAUACAUGAACGCUUUAUUUCCGCCUAGAUAUUUGGCUGCGUUGUGUAACAUUCUCGCUGUUAAAGAAAAGAAGGUCGUUCUGAAUACGAGUUUUGAGUCUGAAUUAAAUGUUACCACAAAUAUAACCGCCGACGAAUCGCCUCAAAAUCAUAGUGAAACCAACAGCGAACAAGAUGUCAAAUUAAUUGCAGUAAGCACAGACAGCGACCGAGAUGGUGAAAAAACUUUGACCUUAGAAGAUAAACCUACAGUACCUGAAGAUAAGAAUGAUAGUACUCCUAUAGACAUAAAAGAAGAUAAAAAAGACGAUAAUAAAGAGGACUCUAAUGUAGUUGUCGAAGACACGGUAGUGCUUGUUUCCCAAGAAGAUAUAUUACCUGAUAGCAAAGUUGAAACGGCUGAAGCAGAGAAACAGGAUAUACUGAAAACAGAUACGAAAUACGGUAAACCUGAAAUAUUAAUAGAAAAAACCAAAGAUUCAACAAAUAAUGCUGAGGAUAUAGGUGAACCCGUUUCUAUUGAUGGUGACAGCUUUAUAUCCGAUUUUGAACAGAUGGCUGUAGAUCCUCAACCAGGCAGCCAGAUAACUGUUAAUCAAAACCAAGCACAAUCGACGAUACAGAAGGAAUCUGUGUUUCUACGCCUGUCAAAUAGGGUUAAGACGCUCGAGCGGAAUAUGUCUCUCUCUGGGCAGUAUCUAGAAGAGUUGAGUAGGCGAUAUAAGAAACAGGUUGAAGAAAUGCAGAAAUCUUUCGAGAAAACAUUGGUACAGAUGACAGAAGAAAGAAAGAAAAGCAACGAACGGGAACAAAAGUACAUAGAGCAAAUGAGUAACUUGCAAGAUCAACUUGCUAAAAUGGCCAUUAAUAUGGAACUACUUAUGGAAGAUCGAAAUAGCUGGUUCGGAAACGUAACCUUCUUUAAAUUCAUAGUUUUCCAAGUUUUAAUAAUUAUAGGAAUCAUUUAUUAUCUGUUGCAAAAACAAAAGCCAGAACCAGUGAUAUUGCAUGUGCCGAAAAAGAUAAAGAAAAGACAGGAGAAAUUAAGAAGGAGAUCUGUGGAAGGUGUGAGUGGGCAUGCAACUCCUGCUGCGAAGAAAAGGCGACCAAGUGAGGAGGCAUUCCAAAUUGCAAGACAGUCUACCGAAGAUGUGGAAAUAGAACAUAAUAAAGGAGAAUGGCAAGUAGCCAAGAAGAACAGGCGACGAAAACCAUCCGUGUAUCAACAACACAUAGAAUUAAAUACAAACAUUAACACAAAUGAAGAUGAAAUCAGAAAGCUAGACGAGAAUCCAAUAGCGUUAGACGCAAACGAAUAUUUCGCGCCAAUACCAGAACCAGUAGAAUUUAUUGAUGUAAAUAAAAAAGAGUUACCAAAAACCAACGGGUCUUUCUUCAACAACUUGAAGAAUAAGACUCUGAAAACGAGGCGUCUCUCGUCUCCCGCUUUCCUAAGAACUUUGAACAGACAAAGUCUUCGAAGUACUCCUAGUCCUAUUAUGAGGACUAUUGAGCCUAUUUUUAAUGGAAAAAUAGGUAAAAAGGCUGCUUCUGAGUCGCCUACUGGUAGUCUGUGGUCUGAAUCCACAGAUAUUUCACAAAACGGACCGCAGUAUAGUGAAAACGGUAAAAAGAAGAAAAGUUUGAAAAAUAUUCUUAAAAAAGUGUUUUAAGACUUAUAUAAUCAUGUUUCUAUGCAAUUUGGCUAUUGUAAUUUAUUUAUAUGUGAAUGUAAUUAUUGUUAAAUUAUUGUAUAUUAUUUGUAUGAAUGUUAGAGCUGUGUAGGUGCCAAUUGUGAUAAAUUUGGGAGCCUAAUGAUAGUUGUUGAAUUGUUUUGUAAUGCCGCUUGGGACAAUAAAGUAAAUUGAUCAUGGACACUAGUCGAGUGGGCGAAUACAAAGAAAUGGCAUUAAAUGCGUUUUAUUUUA